AAAAGUUAUUUUUCCAAAAAAAUAAUAUUUCAAAAAUUUAUUUUGUUUACAUUUCACAAAAAAUAACAAAAAUAGUUUGAAAUUUAAAUUUUUGCUCAAAAAGCUAAAAAUGUUUGCCUUAAAUCUUUUAAGACAUCAAGCCACUAGACAAAUUAACAGAAGGACGAGCGGCUACAUGCAAACACGUUCGAAGGCAAAAUUUAAGGAUGGUGGAGAACAUGCCACAUUUAAUGAUAUGCCCAUACCACAGGGUAGUUGGCAGGAAUACAAUGCACGUAGACAAAAUCGUUAUAUGAUGGUAUUUUUAAGUGGUAUCGCUUCAUUUGUGGCUUCAGUGAUAUUUGUGGCCAAAUCUGGUAAAAUGGAACUUAAUUAUACGGUGCCGGAUUAUCCCUAUGAGGAAGAGGAGGAGUAAAGGAUUUUAGUUUGCAAUGGAGGCACAACCAAUGGGUCUUAUCAUUUACCUAAUAGUGCAAGAACUUUGGUUUAUUUUUAAAAGAGGGAAAUAAAAUAAACCAAAGUAUUGAAAUAUUGUGUAUUUGAAGAAGAUUUUUAUUGUAAAAUUAAACUUGUUACUAAUUUUAAAAAACCCCUUUCUUAUAUUUAAAAAUAGUUUAAAACUCUAAUUUUAAAUGUAUGUAGGAAUAUAAAUAUUUCUUAAUAAAUCUUAAACUU